AAUAUAAAUCGACUAAGGGGAAAGAUUUCCUAAUCCUACCACUAUAAGGAAAGCCUCUUCCAUCAUAGAAUAAAUAAACAAAUUUCUCUUUCUGAAAAAACUAACAAGAAAAGAAAAUACACCAUGAAUCGGAACAACGGGCCGUUGACUCCUCGCAAAGCCAUCUUCAGGAAGAGAAAGGAAACAUUGAAGAAGAAAGCAGAAGAGCUCUCCUCCCUGUGCGGUGUUCCAGUUUGCCUAAUCUGUUAUCAACCAGAUGGGAAGAUCGAUACAUGGCCCGAAGAUAAGAAGGAGGUUGAUGAUAUUCUCAUGAAAUAUACACGUGAAGAAAACAUAAACCUGCAGCCUGCAGUAGGGUUUUUGGACGCAGAGAACAACAAUCAAGCUUCUGUGGUGAUCAAGAACGAGAACAGGAAAGAAAAGAAGGAGAAGAAGAAGAAGAAAGUGUUUGAAACAUGGGACACAAGGCUUGAUAACUUACCUGAGGAAUCUUUAAUGGAUAUUUUGACGGUGUUGGAGGAGAAGGAAGAGAUUUUGGAGGAAAGAAUAUUGCAGGUAGAUAAGUCUAAUUCCUAUCCUGAUUCUAAUAGUAAUACAGAAGAUGAUAACGAUGAUUUUAGGAUUUUAGCAAGAAAAUCCAACCAAGAAACCUUAGAGUUUUUGCAACUUUAGAUAUGUUGACAAGAACAACAAAUUGAUCAAGUUGUUUCCUUAAACCUUUUCUUUUUCUUUAAUUUUUAUUAUCAUUCUUGUAA